AUGGAUGGCAGAAAUUCACGAGAAAUGUGGGAAGUAGGUGUGGCAGUCCAAAAGCCACUUUCUGAUGAUGGGUCAAGAAAGACCGUAGUCAUCUUGCCACGUUAUAUUCACAAAGAAAAGCUCAUCGAAGCUGUAGGCCAUGCAACCGCACCUCCAUCUCCGCAUCGUGCUAUCUGCCACUUGCAGGUCGACUGGCGGAGAUAUCCGAAGGCCCGUAGCCUAGCCCUCAUCUUCGAUCGGCGAUCUACCGAACAUGUCAUGUUUGAUCCGAGAAUCCGACACAUUGACAGCCAACCCGGGUGCAUUAGCGGUACGCCUCAGCUGGACUACAUGUCCCCGGUGGCAGGUCCCCGAGGAGAUGUUGCCCACGAAGAUUCGUCUGUCAAUGUGGGUGCAGACUGGUACUACGCGUCCAUCCUUCUAUCUCCUGCAACCCUCACCCGCAAGAUUGCCACCUCCAUUCCGUUGCCCCUCCAGUUGGAGGUUGACGGCGAAUUUCGGACCAAGCAUCGAUUGUGCAGUUAG